AUGGAUGGCGACCAAGGGCCGUUCGGUCCCGUUGUUAAUGGGACCAUGGUCGUAGUCUUCUAUCAAUACCGGCCGAGCGAGAUAGCUGGUUAUGCGUUCCUGGGAUUAUUCGCCAUCGCCACCCUCGCGCAUAUUGUAUACCUCUUCAUUCUCCGAGCUUGGUGGUUUAUACCUUUCAUACUCGGUGGAAUAGCUGAGGUUUUCGGUUACUACGGACGUGCCCUAUCUCACGAUCAACCUGACGUGGUCGGCCCCUGGAUUCUCCAAAACCUGCUCCUUCUCACCGCACCGCCGUUGAUUUCCGCCACGAUAUACAUGACACUAGGAAGGUUAGCUACCGCCGUCGAUAGUCGUCGCUGUUUGCCCGUGACUCCGAGACUGUUGACGCCACUGUAUGUCCUUCUCGAUGUCGGCGUCGUGGGGACACAGCUCGCUGGUUCCGUGCUCCCUGCGUCUGGCGAGCCAUCCGCUAUUGAGUUGAGCAAGAAACUCGUGCUGAGUGGCCUGUUGGCUCAAGCUGUGGCCCUCACUAUCUUCAUCCUUAUUGCGUGGUUUGUCGAGCACCGGAUAAAGCAGAUAUCCAGUCCAACUAUAGUCCUCAAUGAUAAUACCCUAGCGCAUUGGGGAAAUCAUUUCAGAGCUAUACAAGGCGUGACGCUACUCAUCAUAGUCCGAAGUAUUGUUCGGACAGUCGAAUACGUGCAAGGCCCUGAUGGAUUCGUCAUUUCGCACGAAGCUUUCAUCUAUAUUUUUGAUGCAGUAUUGAUGUGGCUGGUCAUGGCCAUAUACACGGUUCUUCACCCCGGGAGGCUUGUGCGAGAUACGCGACGGCAGAAAAAUAUAAAAGGCGCGAAACACUGACUGAAACAAGUGACGAUAGCAGAAUGUUGUAUGACUUUAUAAUCAGCUUAGUCGAUGGAGAAAGCAUGCAUCUGUGCAUGGUAUGUUGUAAACAUAUCACGAGAUUGAGACUGGGUCAGCAAGGCCACAGAGGGGAGCGGGAAGCUAAGGUGAUAUUGUCAGCUUUCCUUUCUAUAGGAAAACGCAACGAAUAUCAUUCCUCCUUCUCAUUAUCUUAUUUCCAACCCUCUUGUAUGUCCUUUUUCUUUAAACACGGUCCGACGUUUGAACUUAUACUUGGUACUCG